CAUGGUUUUUUUACAUUAUAGCAAAACUGGUUAUACAAAUGGUAAUCAAUAAGGCAAUUAAUCAAUUAUUUUACAAUAAUUAAACCAUGGUUAAUUUUUCACAAUGGCAGUGCAUCUUAAGGUGCUAAAUUUAGACUGAAAUGGAACAUCUUACUGUAAAUUUGAGGUUGUUGCUCAGAAAAACCAAUCAUAUGACUUCAGAAGACUUGGAAUAUAGUGCACAAGUCUACUUUAAUUGCAUUUUAAUUAGACCUCAACAUGCUGUUUGGCUACUGUAGGCCAAAACAUCUCCUUUUCACUUCUAGAGAAGAAAAAAGCCAUACAGAUUUGGGUGUAAACGGUGACAGAAAGAUAAUUUUGGGUGAACUAUCCACUUGCAGUGGUAGUUUUGUGGUCAUCUGGGCGGUUGCUAAUCAGAGAUGUUUUACUUUGGAGGAAUCAUCAUCACUGGCGUCCCCACAUUUCUCACCAUUAGAAACCACAGCCAAGACGUGUUGCUAGGGCUGUGAGAGUCUUCAGCAGCGCUGCUGACCUGGAAACACGCCAAUGAUAAUGCUUCGUUUAGAAAUUCUAACGAAAAGGCAUUUUAACUAGAACACCAAUGGCUUUAUCGACUGGGAUUCCUUUCCACAACCAACCUGCCUCAGUUUUUAACUCUCAAACCUCUCCAAUUCUGUGACUGGUUUUAAACUUUUCUCACGCUGUUAGUUGAAAACACAGCCUUUCUCAGCAGAUUCUCAUUUCUGAUGAGAACUUGAAGCCCAAAAGACCUCGAAUUUCAAUCCCAGCCUUUGAGCCCAGUGAGGAUGCCAACCUGUGAUGGAGAAACAGAAUGAAUCCCAAAACAACGAUUAAUCAGUAGUUUGACGUGACACAUCCAUUAUAAAUGACUCUGUGGAAGCAACCAAAGCAUAUCUGAUAAUUGGGACCCGAGGAGGAGGCGGAGAAGCUCCUCAGACUGCGUGAGGUCACCGGGGGUCUAUAUAAACCCCGGGUCUGACCGUCUGUCAGUCAGUCAUCUGCAGGAGAACAGACGGGAGCGAGACAGCACCUCGAGGCGUUUCAGUGUUCGGAUGAUGUUGAAGACGCAAAGAUCUCAGCAGCGCGUUGCUCUCAUGAUACUGAUGGUGGUCACAGCCGUGCAGUGUCAGGAGAACGAGAGCAGACGGGCAGUCACAGAGCAUCAGCUGAUGCAUGAUCGCGGUCGCUCCAUCCAGAGUCUGAAGAGGCUGAUCUGGCUGUCCAGCGCGAUCGAGGGGCUUCACACUGCGCAGACCCACACACUGACCGCCGGCGAGCCGGACAGUAGGUGGCGCUCUCGCGAUUAUUCUCAGCCCGGGAAAGACAGCGGCAGUAGCAGCCACAAGAGCGCGAGACGCUGUUGAGCGACAUGUACAGACCUCACCUCACCGACGCUCCGAAUAUCCCAUCUGAUGUCCCGUGAAAACUCGCUAAUGACUGUCCAACCCUGAGUAUAAUGAGGCACAACGUUACCCAACAAAACUAGAUUACUGUCAUUAUGAUCAAGGAAACUGUAUUAUAGACAAAACACGCUAGUUUCAUAAAGAUUGAGGAUUAUGACGUAACCUUGAUAGCACACGUACAUCACAGAGACGUCCAUUUGAUGACGUGUUUUUUAGAGUGUUUGCUC